CCGUGUUCAGUCUGCUUGCGCGACCGUCCGUACCUUCAGUUUGGCGGCCUCGAUGAAAGAGGAGCGUCCGCCCCUAUGGUCCGCCCUUCCUGCGAUAGGAAACUGACGUAAAGCAACCAGAGCAGAGGGGUCUCAGGUUACGUGAAGGCGGACGGUAGAAAAAGACAGCUACCGAGAGCAACAGAGGACAGAAACAUAGCAGUGGAGAACGUCGACCUGGGUUUUGGCAUGGCUGAACUGCUGAGGCUGCUGCUCCGGGUGGCUGAGAAAGCAGCCAACGUGGCUCGGGUCUGCAGACAAGAGGCUCCUCUCUUUCAGCUCCUUGUACAAGAGAAAACUGGAGAUGACAAGAACAAGAAGUUUGUCCAGGACUUCAAAACGCUGGCUGACGUGGUAAUACAGGAGAUGAUCCGUCAUGAUGUUGGUGCUCAGUUCCCUGAGAUGGCUGACUUCAUUCAUGGAGAGGAGUCCAAUAAAUUUGAGAAUGGCCUUGGAGAAAGUGUAAUAGUCACAGUGUGUGGUACGGAGCAGGAGACUGCAACCCUGCUUUCCACUGUGCUUGACGGCGACCACACAGCAGCCUCCCUUCUGGCUCGAGCGAUCCACCAAGACCCGGCAACCAUCGACACUAACACUGAUGGUCUGACAGUGCCUCUUAGCCCCUCAGAGCUAGGCAUCUGGAUCGACCCCAUAGAUGCCACCAGUCAGUACAUAGAGGGCCGAGAAGAGGUGCUGGAGGAGGGACACCUGUCUCCCUCGGGUCUGCACUGUGCUCUGGUCCUCAUCGGGGUUUAUCUCCGGAGCACAGGAGAGCCUGUCAUGGGUGUCAUCAACCAGCCGUUCAACCACAAAGACCCAGCAGGUGGAGGCUGGAGGGGGAAGCACUUCUGGGGGGUGUCCUACAGCGGGGUCAACCUGUGCUCAGAGUCGCAGCCGGCCACUCGAUCAGGAGGGGGUUUGUCUGUGGUUCUGAGCUCCAGUGAGAAGCCUGUGGUAAAAGAGGCUCUGACGUCGCUGUGUGGUCCUGACAGGCUUAUGUACGCCUCUGGAGCCGGGUACAAAAUCCUAUGCGUGAUUCAGGGCCUGGCCGAUGUUUACGUCUUGUCAGAGGGGAGCACCUUUAAGUGGGACUCCUGCGCUCCUCAUGUCCUACUCCGAGCCCUCGGAGGCGGGGUGGUUGACCUGACUAAGAGUCUACAGUCGAGCUCUGGAGCAAAGGACCAGCAGACAGAACUGACCUACCACCAGCCGUACACUGAGUGUAAAGGAGCAGACCGCUGGGCUAACCAUGGCGGCUUGUUGGCGUAUCGAGACUGUUCUCAGCUGUGCCGCAUUACUGCAGCUCUGAGAGGGAAGCUGUAGUCAGAGAGAUGAGGAUAUCAUCAUGUUCUUUUUUCUAUAUUAUCUAUAUUGAAGGAGAAUGGGGGUACAGGAUGAAAUAUUUUAACUAUUAAUCAUAUUGUCUACUUUUUAACAUGAUACAUUUUAAAGUGAUUAUUACAAGAGUGAAGUCCUGCCUGGGAAAAUUGUUAGUUUCAAAUUGUAACUGGUCUAAGCCUUUAACAGUGGAGGGUGUAUGUUUAUGGUUGGUCUGCAUGUUUGGGGGAAAAUAGAGCUAAAUGAUACUUAAGCCAAGUUUUAACAAAGCUACCAAGGACUGUAGAUACACCACUCACAGUCACAUCAUUAGUGAGCUCAUGUGCAAGUCAUCCUGUCAAGAAACUGACCAGAAACACAUCAUGCUGCUACUUUUUAGUUACUUGAUGCAAACAUAAACACACCAGUUUCUCCUCUUUUCAAACUA